AUGGGAAAAUGGUCGGAGUUGCCACCGGAGAUUCUCCACUUGAUCUCCCUAAAAAUCGAUAAUCCCUUUGAUCUUAUCCACUUCCGGUCAGUUUGUUCCUUUUGGCGAUCAUCUAGUCUUCUCAAAUUCAGACACACAACAUCACUUAGAUGUCCUCUUCCCCUUGACUCCGGCGGUUGUGGUGAUGAUUGUCAUAUCUUGAGCAGCCGUGUUUACCUUCUUAAGUCUCAUAAUCACGACCGUCCUCGGUAUUGGUUGUUUAAGCUGCAAGUAAAAGAGGAUGGAGAAGUUGUUCUACAUAGUUUGUUCUUAAGAAGAAACUCCUCUGUGUACGGAUGCUUGUAUCCAACUCUGUCACUUGAUUUGCUUAAUUGUCAAAUCGUUGAGCUAGCGCAAGAACAUGUGGCUUGUUACAGCGAUUGGUAUGAACUAUUCGAAUGCGUUUCAAAAUGUGAAGAACGUAUCGGCUUUAUGGGGUUAACCACAGAGAACAACGAAUUUAUGAUUCUAGGGAAACUCUCAUUCAAUGGUCUCGCAAUGUAUAAGUCAGUCGAUAAGUGUUGGACUGAGCUUGAGAUAACACCCGAUUCGUGUUUUGAAGGGAUCGUUCCGUUUAAAGGUAAGUUUUACGCCAUAGAUCGCAACGGAGGAACAACAGUUGUAGAACCAACUCUACAAGUGAAUACAUUUCAGCGGUCCAGACCUUGUGAUAAGACAAGAAAACGUUGGCUUGUAAUGUCAGGGGACAAACUCAUACUCGUAGAGAUGUGCACAAAGAGCAGAUACAAUUUUCACAUACCAAACAUCCGUGAGAAAAAAAUAUGGUUCGAAAUAUCAGAGUUAAACGAGGAGAGAAACGAUUGGGAUCAAGUGGAAGAUAUAGAUGGUCGCGUCUUGUUCUUAGAACACUAUUGCACUUUCUCAUGCUUGGCUACUGAGAUUCCAGGCUUUAGGGCAAACUCUAUAAUCUUCAUGGACUUGUGGGGAGGAUCUGACUCGUAUGAACAUGAAAGCAUUCUCGUGUUUGAAUUCAAUGAGCAUGGCGUAAGAUCUUUAAGAGAUAUACCAGAGUAUAUAGAGCUGUUUCCAUAUCCCCCUGGUUGGGUAAUCUCCAACUAAUGAUCAUAUCUUGAUCAGUUUAUUCUAUGUAACGAAGUUUUUUUUCUUUCUUCUGUUGUUAAUUGUGAACAAAGGCUGGCUAUAUCUAUAUUGUAAUUGCCCUUCGAUAUGUUACUUGUAAAAGUAGAAUAAAACAAUCAUCUUGACAUAUAAUAAGAUGAUGGUUGACAAACA